AUGGAAGGGAUUCAAACGCAGAAGAAGGAAGAACUGAAUCACCGUGAAGUAAUAGAAGAAGAAGAGGAGGAAGGUCCACCUCCGGGAUGGGAAUCUGCCGUUCUUCUUCCUCCUCCGCCUUUCUCUCCUCCUCCGAUCACCACCGUCACCGCCGCCGUAAAACCCUCAACUACCACCGCCGAAAUUCCCGAGAAGGCGCAAAUGGUAUGUGGAUCUUGCAGGCGUUUACUUUCGUAUCUAAGAGGAACCAAGCACGUCAAAUGCUCCUGCUGCCAGACUGUUAAUCUCGUUCUUGAAGCUUGCCAGGUUGGUCAGGUGAAUUGCAGUAACUGCAAACUGCUGCUGAUGUAUCCUUAUGGAGCUCCAUGUGUUAGAUGUUCCUCCUGCAAUUCUCUCACAGAUAUCAGCGAGAACAACAAACGACCUCCAUGGUCUGUGCAGCAAGGACCACUCAAAACUUUCAGCAGUGUCCGGUGA